AUUACCUUUUUCAUGUCUACCACCAUUUUGCACACGUGACAGGCUCAAGUGAUUGAUGUUAUGUGAAGUAUUUACAUUCCUCUAAUAGUGUUUGAUUUGGUGUAUUCAGUUGCUGGAUUAAGGAGAGAAAUGGAUAAAGUCUCUGCAUUUGAAAAAACAUUUGUUGAGAAGAUCAAUGACCUGGAAAAUAGGCUGAAAAAUGAUGAAUAUGAGUUUCAAAGAAAGAAUAAAAUAAUUUCAGAGCUAGAAGCACAGUUGGCAGCAACAAAAGUCAGUGUUUGCAGCCGAGCUCAAAUUGAAGAGAUAUCCACCCAAGUAGUCACAAUAAAUGAAACAUUCUUUUAUUUCAGAAGAACAAACUGCAAGUUCAGCAAAAGAAAUUUCUUAUCAUUGUGUUUCCUUAGUCAAUAACACCUUCAGAAAACUAUAUCAGCAAAGGAUACUGUCAUACGGAAUCUAGUGUCUGAGAAAGAGGCAUUGCAUUUUGAGGCAAGAAGUUUAGCAAAUAUAUUACAGAAAAUCCAGAAUGCUGUUGCACAUAUGAAUGAAGAGGAUAGAAGGGUCGUCUCCUCAAAGUUGGAAAGUCAAGACGAUUGUGAAAUGAAUACAUCAGACGAAGAUAAUCGGAUUCGGGAUAAAACUAAACAAAGUGCUGAACAAUCUCCAAUUAAGACUUGUAGAAUGGAUGCUGCAGAGAAUAGAGCUUCGCAGCAGCAAUCGCAGGGGUAUAAUUCAACCAGCAACCACUUGCAAGCAAGCAAUACUUUCAACUCAUGUGUUUCAGAGUCUGCCUGUUCUCAACUCUCGGCUUGUUCUGAACCUCAACCACCUCCUAAUGUUUUGAUUAUCUCUGUGAACGAACGAAUGGAUACCAGUGGAAUACCAGUGCACAAACUUGAUUCAGAGUGCUCGACCACCCAAGCAGAAACGUCCAAAUAUCCAGGUUAAAUUCCAGUUAACCAUUAUUUGCUAUUUUUUGACGAUAGCCUUUUUGAACAUUAUUCAAAUACCUAUAUAUAUAUAUAUUUUAAUUCAUUCAGAAGCAGAUGCUUGAUUAUAUAUGGAUUAUGUG